ACGAUUUAUUUGCAUAAUUACACAUCCGGUCAUCCAUAUAUUUGUGUUGUCGUUGUUUCGAGAUACAGUUUCAGGUGUUAAUGAGUCAUAACAAAUACCAUUUAAUUGUUAGGGAUUGGAUUUAUAAAAUCUUUAAAUUGCACGGAUAGUAAUAGAUCUACUUAGAUUAUCUAGAUCUACAUUGGAGCACACAUUAUGGCUACUUUCCAUAAGAAUUUGGAAAAAGCAACAAGCCAGCUAUUGUUGGAGCCAGACUGGGAUUCAGUUUUGCAGAUUGUUGAUUGUAUAAGACAGGGAGAUGUUCAGGUUAAAGUAGCUUUGCUUGCCAUUAAAAAGAAGAUUGGGCAUGAAAAUCCACAUGUUGCAGUGUUUGCUUUACAGGUCUUGGAAGCUUGUGUUAAGAAUUGUGGAUCAACAUUCCAUACUGAAUUGGCCACAAAAGAAUUCAUGGAAUUUCUUAAAGAUCAAGUAAAGGUAGUAAGAGUUAAACAAGACCCAAGUAGACCUGAUCCUGUCAAGGAGAAAAUCUUAGAACUUAUACAGACAUGGUCACAUGCUUUCCGCAAUGAGCCACAUUAUAAAGCUGUUGAAGAUACUUUUCAUCUCUUGAAAAUGGAAGGUCACAAGUUUCCAGCAUUAAAAGAAGCUGAUGCAAUGUUUGAUGCUGAAAAAGCUCCAUCAUGGAAAGACAGUGAAACAUGCACCAGAUGCCGAGUCCAGUUUAAUGUUAUACAGAGAAAGCAUCAUUGUCGGAACUGUGGUGAAGUCUUUUGUGGGAAGUGUUCUUCAAAAACAUCAAUCAUACCAAAGCUUGGCUUUGAACGUGAAGUCAGAGUGUGUGAUUCUUGCUUUGAAAAGAUUAACAAGAAGCAGAAGGGGAAGAAGGCAAAGAGACCUGGGCAAAAGAAAGAUGAUGAGCUGCCUGCAGAAUAUUUAGCCAGUCCUCUAUCAAAGCAGUCCCAAGCCCAUGCACAGGUGCCACCGAGCAAGACGGACCAAGAACAACAAGAAGAGGAAGAGCUGAUGUUAGCCAUUGCUUUGUCUAAGUCAGAACAUGAGACAAAGGAGAAAGAGAGAGAACGCCUGCGCUCAAAUUAUGGAGUGUAUGGAGGUGGAAAGACAGCAAAUGAAAGACCCACUUCACCUGCUAAAGCAACUGUCAUUCAAGCUCCACUGGACACAUCUGACAUGGACCCAGAACUUGCACGUUACUUAAACAGACACUACUGGCAGCAGAAGUCUGAAACUCAGGCAGUGCAGCUGCAGACAGCAACAACAGUGCCAUCAGCACCUGCUGCCAACAAUGAGGCCAGAGUGAGCACAGGACAGAUAAAUGAGGCUCCCCAGGUGGUAUCCUCUCACCUUUACCAAAAUGGAGACACUGAUGAUGGACAGGAACAGUUUCUUUCAGCCCUGCAGGGGUCACUAGAGAUUUUUGUUAACAGAAUGAGAAGCAACUCACAGCGUGGGCGACCUAUAGCCAAUGACUCAGCUGUCCAGUCACUUUUUGCUGUGAUCAGUGAGAUGCACCCUCAGCUUAUGACCCACAUCCAGGAGAGAGAAGAUGAGAGAGCAUACUAUGAAGGGCUACAAGAUAAGCUAACACAGUUGCGUGAUGCAAGAGAGGCAUUAGACUCCCUGAGGGAAGAAUACAAAGAGAAGCGUAGGAGAGAAGCCGAAGAGUUGGAGAGAUUGCGACAAAUACAGAUGAUGCAGAAAUUGGAAGUCAUGAGACAGAAAAAACAUGAAUAUUUGGAGAUGCAACGCCAGCUUGCUUUACAAAGACUUCAGGAACAAGAGAGAGAGAUGGCAGCUAGAUUAGAACAGCAAAAGCAUUUGACGCACAUAAGACAAAUGCAAACUUUUGGAUACCCUCAGAGCUACACACAACCAAUGAUGAGUCAGGCAGGGAUGGUACAAAAUGGUGCAAUGGGACCACAUAGUUAUACACAAGGUGGGGGAUCAAACGAAGGCUCACCUGUGCAUAGAGUUACAGGUGCUCCUGAUGGUUUUAACAACAUGCAACAGGGUCUGGGGCCUCAGUCUCUCCCUCCUCAUAUAACCCAAGCUCAGGCUGGUAUGUACCACAUGGGAGGUCAGUAUGUCAACCCAGGUCCUGGUAGUUUGCCACCUGGUGGAUAUCAAACAGAUGGCCAGGUGAUGAUGGGACCCCAAAGUUAUAUACAGGGAGAUCAAGGCCCUGUGAGUUUACCACCAAACUCAAUGGUAGGCCACAUGUCAGCAGCAGGCAUGGGUGGUUAUGGUGGCAUGGCUAGUCAGGUAACUGCAGGUGGUGUCCACCAUUCGAACCCCACAAUGUUAGGUGUAGAUGGUCAGGCAGGUUAUGGCGCUGGACCAGCCCCAUCACAAGAUUUUCAGUCUUUCAACAUGCAAGGGUUAGCCACAGCAUUGCCAUCCCACCAGAACCCAGGCAUGUACAGCAACCCACCUCAGUCCCAGCAACAGUACAUCCCACAAGGCCAGCAGCAGUACCAGCAACAGCAACCCUACAUUGUGUCGUACCAACAGGGUGGCCAGCCUCCAUCAGUCAACAAAGAGAAGCCGUUAAUAUCAUUUGAUGAUUAAAUUCUGUCACUGGAGGUGAAAUGUUAUAUGUGAUAGAAACAUUUGAUUUACAUAUAGAUCAAGUUAUUGUACAAAUUUAAUUUGUUUCCAAUCAUCUGUUUUGACAUGAGAGUAUUUUAUUACUAGGAUAACUUUUGAGUAUUUAUUUAUACUUCUGUAGAAAUAUUUCUCUUUAGGUGUAUGGUCAAUAUGCAACCAUUAUUAUUUUUCAACAUUGGUAUUUGGUUUUUAAAAGAAAACAAGGCUGUCCAGUUAAUUUUUUAAAAUUUUUAUUAUGGUUGUUUUUAAAUCCAGGUUCUAACCACCUGAUAUUUGUAAUGAUGGUCCUAAGUAAAAGGUAGCUUUGUGAAUAUUGCACUGUUUGAUGUAGUGAUCCCUGUAUCAAUGUUUUAUAAUGGAUGUAUAAACCAUCUGUAACUUGCACAAUUUUUCCGAGAAAUAAAAUCUAUUUUCAUGUUUUAUUGAUAUCAAUAGAACAUUUAAAUGUUGCGUGGAACAUUUGUGUUUCAUCUUUGCUCAUACACCUGCAUGUUGCAAUAUGUUUCUUAACAUCAAAAUCCUAACAAACAAAAAUUAAUUGUAUGCAUUUAGUAUCUGAUGAGAACAGUUAUUUUCUCUUAGGGUUUAUAUUUUACAUACAGAAAGAUUACUUCUAUACAUCAGGCAUUGCUAGGAUUUUUUUCUGCAGGCAGUGCUUGCAGGUUGCUACUAAAGUUACAAUACCUACAGUAUAAUUUUAAAUAAAAUACAACCUCAGUCAAUUCUAAGUUAAUUUUGUUUGGGUUGUAAAUAUUUACCUUCUGCAGGUCCUUUAUGAAUUGGUAAUAUAUGUAGAAAAAUGUGGAUAGUAAUCCAGGAGAAAAAUGUAUACUCCAUAUUAAUAACUAAUAAAAUUCAUUUAUAAAAUGUUGA